AUGUCAAUUCCAAAAACACAGAAGGGUGUUAUCUUCUACGAGAACGGUGGUCCAUUGGAGUACAAGGACAUUCCAGUCCCAACUCCAAAGCCAAACGAGAUCUUGGUCAACGUGAAGUACUCUGGUGUGUGCCACACCGAUUUGCACGCCUGGAAGGGUGACUGGCCAUUGCCAGUGAAGUUGCCACUUGUCGGUGGUCACGAAGGUGCCGGUGUCGUCGUCGCCAAGGGUUCUGAGGUCAAGAACUUUGAAAUUGGUGACUACGCCGGUAUCAAGUGGUUGAACGGAUCGUGUAUGUCCUGUGAGUUCUGUGAGAAGUCCUUCGAGGCCAACUGUCCAAAGGCCGACUUGUCUGGUUACACCCAUGAUGGUUCUUUCCAACAGUACGCCACUGCUGAUGCCGUCCAAGCUGCAAAGAUCUCCAAGGGCACUGACUUGGCUGAAAUUGCUCCAAUCUUGUGUGCUGGUGUCACCGUCUACAAGGCAUUGAAGACAGCUGACUUGGAGCCAGGUGAGUGGGUUGCUAUCUCCGGUGCUGGUGGUGGUUUGGGUUCCCUUGCCAUCCAAUUCGCUAAGGCCAUGGGUCUUAGAGUCUUGGCCAUCGAUGGUGGUGAUGACAAGAAGCAACUUUGUCAGGAGCUUGGUGCUGAAGUCUUCAUUGAUUUCACCAAGACCAAGGACAUUGUCAAGUCCAUCCAAGAUGCUACAAACGGUGGUCCACACGGUGUGAUCAACGUGUCUGUCUCCGAGAAGGCCAUUGAGCAAUCUACCGAGUACGUCAGAAACUGUGGUACCGUUGUUCUUGUCGGUUUGCCAGCUGGUGCCGUUGCACGUGCUCAAGUGUUUGCUGCUGUCGUCAAGUCCAUCUCUGUCAAGGGUUCCUACGUCGGUAACAGAGCAGACACCCGUGAGGCCAUUGACUUCUUUGAGAGAGGUUUGGUCAAGGCUCCAAUCAAAAUUGUCGGUUUGUCUGAGCUUCCAGAGGUUUACAAGUUGAUGGAGGAGGGUAAGAUCUUGGGACGUUACGUUGUUGACACUUCCAAAUGA